UAGCUACUGAAUACUGAUCGUUCGCUCGUCAUUCGUGACGUGCAGCUCCCGACGACCACCGCUCCGAUUAACACGCGAUAAAAUGUUAAGAACGACAAACGGGACAACGCUCGAGAACGGUUUGUCAUUAAUUAUUAGCUAUUGAUAUAUUUUACUUAAAAAUACUCAAUCGACGAAUUCGCGAGGUGAUAUUUAUUGGUAUUAUUUAUAACAUAUAGAUUAUAAUAUAUACCUAUAUGCGUAGGAGUGCAGUAAUGGAAAAAUGAUACUUUGUGUUUUACAGUUUGACAUGCGAACGACCUGGUGAUGUUUGUUAUUUCGAGUGUGAAUUUGUUUUCAAUUAUAUAAUUUGUUAAGUUAAAUAUUGUCGAUCGUCGGUGGAACUGAAAAUAUAAAAUAAUUACAAGGCGAAAAAAAAAUCUGCUUUUGUGCGGUCGGGAAAUGCACGGACACAACCUUGGCGCCACUGUAGGCAACUCGCACUCGCACACACACGCGAUAAAACUGGGCGUGUGUGCGUGAACGCUAACGCGAUUGUUGUGAGUGUGUGCGUAAUCGUCGUUUCAUUGUGCUGUGCUGCUGCUGCUUUUCCUGUCGUUGUUGUUGUCGUCGCUGUAAGUCGUCUCAUAUGUUUAUAAUCUGAUCGGUAUCAAAUAUCUUUAUAAUUUAUCAACCCCCGGCGAACGGUACGUCAUCGCCGAGUCGAUAUGUCAUUAACUGCCUACACCGCCAGUAACCGGUCAUAGCGGUCGUCCGUAUGCGCACAGUGGUUGCCUUACAGUUGGCCAUUCAACAACAAUGCGCGAGUUCAAAGUGGUCGUGCUGGGCUCGGGCGGCGUGGGCAAGAGUGCCUUGACUGUGCAAUUUGUGUCUGGCCGGUUCAUGGAGAAGUACGACCCGACUAUAGAGGACUUCUACAGGAAGGAGAUUGAAGUCGACAGUUCGCCUUGUGUAUUAGAAAUACUAGAUACAGCCGGCACUGAACAGUUUGCCAGUAUGCGCGACUUAUACAUAAAGAACGGACAGGGUUUUGUUGUCGUGUACAGCCUGACUAACCAUCAGACCUUCCAGGACAUAAAACCCAUGAAAGAGCUCAUCACUAGGGUGAAGGGAUCAGAGCGAGUACCCAUAUUGCUAGUUGCAAACAAAAUCGAUUUGGAACAUCAACGUGAGGUUCCAACGAUUGAAGGAAACACUCUGGCCCAAAUCUGGGGCUGUCCAUUUGUCGAGGCAAGUGCCAAGAACCGUACCAAUGUCAAUGAAGUAUUUGCAGAGAUUGUACGUGAAAUGAAUUUUAGCAAUGACAAAGAGAAGAAGAGUUAUUGUUGCUGUACAGUUCUAUAAGCCAUAUUAUUUAGAAUUUUGUGUUUUGUGUGCAUCAAUCAAUGUUAAAUGUUGCUGGUGAUUUCAAUUUUUAUCAGAAAUACGUCAAAAUUCAUAUUCAAUAGUAUUGGUGUCAGGAACUGUUUUCACUACAAUUAUUUACAUAUCCAGCUUUAAAAAGGGUACGUUUUCUAAAGACUGUCGAUGAUAUUGAUAAUAUACAUAAUAAUACAAAUUAUUAACAAACAGAUUU